CAUAUCUGAAUCAAAAGUCUCAACCGGACAAGAAGAGUGGCAAAGAAUUUUCCAAUGGACGAUCGGUGGAAACCCAUUAGAUUUUCUCUAGGUCUUCUUCGCUUUCUAUGAACAAUCCGCCAUCUCAUGGCGGCCGGAUCGCUGAAGAGGAGGCAGACUAAGCGAUCAAACUACAAUCCCUAUGCUGCCAUGGCUCCUCGGUCUUCUUCUCAAGGUUUCCUUACCUCUAGAAAUACUACACUGCUAGUUUCGAUUUGUCUGAUUUUCUUUGUUGUUCUGGUAUCCGGCAUUUCUUUGAAUGUAUUUCAUAGAACGGCCAUAUAUGAUGCUCGAUCGCCAAAGAUUUACUCUAUUGAGGUGGUAAACGAGUUUCCUCAUGAUCCUAAAGCCUUUACUCAGGGACUGGUUUAUGCAGAAAAUGACACCCUAUUUGAGUCAACUGGCAUAUACGGAGAGUCAUCUGUUCGAAGAGUAGCUCUCUCUACUGGCAAGGUUGAGGUUCUUCACAAGAUGGAUUACUCUUACUUCGGGGAAGGCUUAACACGUCUGGGGAAAAGGCUGUUUCAAGUAACUUGGUUGAAGAAAACUGGUUUUAUAUACGACCAAGACAAUUUUAGCAAAGUUAAGGAAUUCACUCAUCAAAUGACCGAUGGUUGGGGAUUGGCAACAGAUGGAAAAGUUCUGUUUGGAAGUGAUGGGACAUCAACAUUGUAUCAAAUUGACCCCAAGACAUUUGAAGUUAUUAAUAAAUGGGUUGUGAAAUAUCAAGGAGACGAGGUGUAUAACCUCAAUGAGCUAGAAUUUGUCAAUGGUGAAAUCUGGGCAAAUGUUUGGAUGAGUGAUUGCAUCAUAAGAAUCUCAAUACAAGAUGGAAGUGUGCUUGGGUGGAUUCUCCUCCCAACUUUAAGACAGGAUUUGGUGCGAGAUCGGCAAUAUAAAAUUGAUGUUUUAAACGGCAUUGCAUGGGAUAGUGGCAAGAAUCGCCUUUUUGUGACAGGAAAGCUAUGGCCAAAGCUCUUUGAGAUCAAAGUGCAGCCGUCGAAGGAACAUUAUGGUGAUGAAAAGAUAAAGCAGCUUUGCUUGCGAGCGCCAAUAACAUUUUGACAAGCUUUGCUCAAGAUCGUUAUGUCCAUGAACAAGAAGGUCUACGUUCACCUGAGGCAGUCGACAAAUACGUGAAGUUCAAUUCUCUUUCCAUCGUUCUCAGGUAAUCUUCUGACUGCGCUCGGGAUGAUGAUAGCCUAAGGGACCACUUGUUUGCAUUGCUUAGGUUAUGUAGUACUAGAUAAACAGAGGCAGGUUAUACUUGUAGGAUUUGUGUUUUUGGAACCUUUGAGCUCUGUAGACUUUGGAGUUAAUGUAAGCUUUUAGUUUGGCAUAAUACACAGCACUGUCACUUUUGUUGUAUUCUAAUGGUCACAUAUCUAAAUUCUAAGGUCAGUCAUUCGUAUUUACUCAUUUAUUUCA